UUUGGUUUUAUUCAAGAUCGAAGUGAGGAACAAGAAGAACAUCAUAGAACAGCCUAAAAAGGAUUUGGGAGUGAUUUUUUUACCAUCCAUCACUCAAAAAUUAAGAACGGAGUAGUUGAAUGAGUCCCCAAAAAUAAGUAAAACUUUUACCAUCAAAAAAGAAUAUAAAAAGAGCGAUUUUGUGGAAGAGAAGCAAACAAAAUAAUCGGCGGAAAUAAAAGUCUCACAGUAAUUUGUACUGCAAGACGAUUUUUUGUCAGCUCUCUUGAAAAAGAAUUUGAAAGACCAACAAAUAAUAAAAAAAAUGGAAGACUCGAAGCUCCAAGAGCAGCAGCAACAACAGCAGCCCCAAGACUCCCCUCAAGGUGAUGCUGCUCAACAACAAAAACUGCCGCCGCCUGUAAAGGAAGUUAUUGCUACCAAGGUUACUGGUACCGUAAAGUGGUUCAAUGUUAAGAGCGGUUAUGGCUUUAUCAACCGUGACGACACUAAAGAAGAUGUGUUUGUCCAUCAAAGUGCUAUAAUCCGCAACAACCCAAAAAAAGCUGUCCGUUCUGUUGGUGACGGUGAAGUGGUGGAAUUCGAUGUUGUUAUCGGAGAAAAAGGUAAUGAGGCAGCCAAUGUUACUGGUCCAUCCGGUGAACCAGUGCGUGGCAGUCAAUUUGCCGCUGAUAGACGUCGCAAUAUGCCAUUUAGAAGAAAUCGCCGUAGACAGGGUGGCCAACCACAACAGCAUCCAGAUGGUGGUCAGGGCCCCAUCCAACAUGGUGCUGGUGGAAGUGAACAUGACGGAACUGAAGGUGAUCAUCAAAAUCAACAGCAACAACCACAACGGCAACAACGUAAUUUCAGGCGUGGUGGCAGUGGCGGCCCGGUAAGAGGUGCUCGCCGUGGUGGACGCUUUAGAAACAGCUACUAUCCACGUAAUCAACCCAGACGUCAGGGCGGUGAUGGAGGUGGUAUGGGCGUAGAUGGAGGUCACGACCAGAACGCUGAUCCUAAUCAACGGGGCGGCGAUGGUCAAGGCGGUCCAAUGCGUCGCGGUGGUCCACAAAGACGUUUCUUCCGUCGUAAUUUCAAUGGUCGCGGCGGUGGACCACGUGGUGGUGGCGGUCCACGUAACGAUGGCGGUCCACGCAAUGAUGGUGGCCAACGUAUGGAUGGCAAUGGUGGACAAGGCGGUGGCCCACCCCAUCGUGUCAAUCGUCCACGUCGUCCAAGCAACCGAAAACCCAACAACGGCGGAGGACCAAACAACCAACAACAACAGAAUGUUGGCCAGGAGGUACAAAAUACCACUACUGAAAGCAGUGCUUAGAUCAACACAGCUGCAUUGGAAAAGAAAAAGCAAUGGUAAUGAAUGUGCAACAAGAGUAAAUGGACUACAACAAGUAUAACAACACACUGAUUGUUAGUGGUGGUACAGACAGAACAACACUCCCCGACCGAGCAUAACAUUCGAAAUCAAAACAAACUUUUAAAGAAAAACAAAAAUUUUUUCAAUUACCACACAACAAAAAAACAAAAAAAAAAACAACUAGAUUAUUAUUAUAUAGCUUAACAUCUUUGAACGAAAGAAAGAAAGAAAGAAACCAAGCAACAACAACAAC